CAAUGAGGCAUAAAAGAAUCCUCAUACACACCUCCUUGUUCUCCGCUGUGACUUUUCUGAUGGUGAGAUGGUCCAUGAACACCAGAGACAUCCCCCGAACGAUGCGUCUUGCCCCAACACCAGCCAGAACGCGUCUCCCUAUAAAGAGGCAGUCAGUUUCCCUGUCCAGUGGCGCUUACACUUAUCAUCUGAACCUAACCAGGUUUGAGGCGGAGUUCCCCCAACUACAGAGUUACCGUUGCACACUCAUCCAGGAGCCAAAACAAGAGGAACAAGGAUCAACCAACCAAAAACUGCUGAUCCUGGCGGUGAAAUCCCAACCCGGUACUGGGGCAAGGAGAUCAGUGCUGCGGAGGACAUGGGCUAAGGAGAGAGAGAUAAACGGAUACAGAAUUAAACCGAUAUUCUUGUUGGGAAAGACGGGUGUGAAAGGACAUAUGGAAAUGGCCAAAUAUGAGAGCCAAGUGUACGGUGACAUUCUACAAUGGGACAUGGCCGAAGGACACCAUAACUUGUCCUUGAAAGAACGCUGCUUCUUGGAGUGGCUGUAUCUGAAGUCACCUCAAGUGGAUCACAUUUUUAAAGUUGACGAAGAUGAAUUUGUGAACCCAGACGUGAUUGUACAGUAUAUUACAGAAUAUGGAUCCCCAGAUACAAUUCAUGGUUAUCACCAGCAUAGGCCACCUGUCAUGCGUAACACAAAAUACAGAAUCACAAAGACUCUGUACCCUCAGGAACAUUAUCCAGCUUUUGUCUCCGGUGGCGGUUUUCUGUUCCCGGGAGCCUCAGUGACCGGCCUGUACAACGCCUCCCUUCUACUCCCUGUUUUCCCAUUGGACGACGUAUAUUUCGGAUUUCUCUCCGUGGCGGCCAAUCUAACCUUUCGACAUGACAGUCGCUUCUACGUGCAAGGAUUAAAGUACGAUGUGUGUAAGUACAAAGAAGCCCUGGUGGUCCACGGUAUUAAUGAAAAGAACAUGGCACGGAUAUGGCAGGAAGUACAGAACAGAAAAUGCCCUAAGGUCAAAGUCACGCCAAGCUGAUGACAGACAUACAAAGAACUUCUACAAACAGGGGGGAAAAAAAUCCAUUCCUCAAUACAAGGGCUAAAACAUGUGACUGGAUGUUGGAGGCUAAAGAAUGGUUUAGAAUAUUAUUUACGGAAAACGCAAUUUGGAAAGUCCUUACGAGCCCCAUAUUGUGGCAUUUUUAUUGCACCAUUUACAUUUUUCACAACUAUCACAAUUUUAUUUAAUUAUAUAAGUAAAAAGAAAAUACCGCGCUAAAUGUGAACAAUUAACAAAAGCAGCAACUAAAAAGGGAAAAUACACACAAAAUACAAUGGAAAGAAAU